UGUAACUUAUUGCUGUGUGGAUGGUGAGUGUUUCCAUUGCCAAAAACUUGUGAACUUAAAUCUACUCAUCAUGUGCUAUUCUCUACUUAUUCAUGCUUCUUUCAUGAUCUAUUUUUUUUUCCCCAAUGAGUACUUAUAUUAAUUCUCAUUAGCAAAUUUCAUCACUCUUUUAGCAUAAAAUAAAACAUAUAUAUACAUUCUUGAUCAAGAUCUUGAUCUUCACCAUGAAGCUUAAGUGUAGCUUCAUUGUCAUCUUCUUCCUUCUCCUCCUCGCCUCGCCUUCCCUUUCGUCUUCUUCAGGAAAAAUGGAUUUAUCAAAAGUGAAUGCCUCAGAAAUUUAUGAAAUUGAUUAUAGAGGACCAGAAACUCAUACUAAAAUACCUCCACCAAGAGGAGGAAGACAUAAUAGUCAUCAUCAGUUGUUUCAUCACAAUGCUACUAAGCCUGGCAAAAAUGGGAAGAAAAACCAUGGAUGAUGUAGUAAUAGUUUAAUAUAUAUGUUUGAACUUCUUUAUUAUAUAGUUUACUUUCAUGUGAUAAUAUAGAGUAUGUAAUUACUUUCCAAAUGCUUUUAUAUUGAUUUUACUUUUAUAUUAUGAUAUAUAUAUCUAUUAAAGUUUGUGUC